AAUUUGAAGAAUUUGAAAUUGCUUCCGAUGAUAUAUUUUGUCUUUCAUCUAAUAUUUUACAAAAUUGACUAAUUUUUUACAUAUUGCAUAUUCUUUUACUUGCAUCGAUUGUAAACCAACUGCAAAAAAUGACAAAUGUAUAUAACAGUAAUGUUCUCAUCGGUAAUUGGCGUGAGACCCAAUGUGCUGAAGAGGAAGAGAGAAACCGCAUUGAAAGCAUGAAGAAGAACAAGGUUUCCUUAACAGACAGAUUGAAUCGUUUUAAUGCAGUUUUAAAUAAAGAGAUAACACCGGACAAAACACAAAAUUACAUAACUUUUGGCUCAGUUAUACAAUUAUUGCCAUACUACAUGCUAUACAAUGAAGCGUUUGGUACAAAAAAAUCGGGCGCUCUUUCUAUAGCGGUAUCAGCAGAUGCUUUGACAUCAGGUGAUGUUAUUAACGAACUAUGUGAAAUGCGAAUUAUGUUCUGUCAGAAGCCCACUAUUCGGAACUCGUUCCGUGUUAUAAGUGUGGACGACGAAAAUCACGAUGGAGAGCCAUUAUUUUACGAGCAACACUUUCGCUUGGAAGUUUUGCAUCCAACUGAAAGAAUGUUUUUGUAUUCUGCACCUAAAAGAAUUGACCUGCAAAUAUUAUCAAAUACUCCCUAUUUAUCAUACAAAAGAGGCGAAGCUAGUUUGCCACUGGGUGUACGUUUUGCCAAGGUAAAUAAUUACAUCGAAAAGUAA